GGUCUGGAGGGCUGCUUGAAACUCGACUGCAGGUCUGCAGAUGGAAGGCGGACAGUGUAACUCGCUCUAGGUUUCUUUUUUUUCCUCCCCAGCAUGCAUGGCUUUUGUUUCUAGGAGAGGGGACAGAGCUGAUGCAGAGAAAAGCACUUACCUUACAUACUGUACUUGGGAGCCCUUUGUAAGUGCCCGGGUGCACAGUGUGGCUCUCAGUCUGCGAUCUGCAGCUGCAUAGACUAUGUUCAGUCACCACACGGCUGAAUUAAUUUUAUAACACAGAAGGAAGAGACUGAGAGAGACAGAUAACAGUGGGCUGUACUUUCUGUGCUGUUUCAACACCUACAGAGACUGGAAAUUAAACUUUUUUUAAACACAUCUAGCCUUUUUAAGGCUACACUGGACUCAACUGUUAUCGAGAGUUUGCUGCACAUCUCAGGAGUGAAUUAUUGCUUGCGCUUUUUUCUCAGCUCCAACUGCGAAGAGGGGGAGAAAAGAGCUGAGUUUGCUUUAAAGUGAAUCGGAGGACCAAGGAGAGAGAGGGAGAGGGAAAGAGGUAGUCCACCGCUCUCCCUCUGUGUGUUUAACUGGGCAGCAUGGUGCAGAAAAUGAGCCACACAGAGAGCACCGCCGAGGCGCUGUCCUUUUUCGCCGGGGAUUCGAGCUCCGACUCCGGGGCGUGCAUGGAUCUGGACCCGGCCGCCUCGCCUCUCUCCCCGGGCUCCACAGCUUCCUCGACCGCCGGGGACAAGCUGGGAGACAACCCGGCGUGGUGUAAAACUCCCAGCGGCCACAUCAAGAGACCCAUGAAUGCGUUCAUGGUGUGGUCACAGAUCGAGAGGAGGAAGAUCAUGGAGCAGUCGCCGGACAUGCACAACGCCGAGAUCUCCAAGAGGCUGGGGAAGCGGUGGAAGCUGCUUAGAGACAGCGACAAGAUCCCCUUCAUCAGAGAGGCGGAGCGGCUCAGGCUCAAGCACAUGGCGGACUAUCCCGACUACAAGUACCGGCCGAGGAAGAAGGUAAAAUCGAGCGCCUCCAAGCCUGGCAGUAGCGGAGACAAGGGGGAGAAACUCAACAGUAGCUCUAACAACACCAGCACUAAGACAUCCUCAUCUUCGAGGAAGAACGGAUCCAAAUCACCCAGCAGCAGCAAACCCCACAAAUCACUUUUCGGGAGCAGCAGCAGUAGCACCAAAGCAUCACCGUUUGCCUCUGAGCACCCGUCAGAGCACCAUCACAACUCUCUCUACAAGUCGAAAUCUGUCUCCUCGGCGGCCAAGCAGAUACCGGAUGGCAAGAAGCCCAAGCGGGUGUACGUCUUCGGGAGCAGCGGGGCCAGCCUGAGCGUCAGCCCCGCGUCCUCCGUCGUGGUCCCGGCCAGCCCGACGCUCAGCAGCUCGGCGGACUCCAGCGACCCGCUCAGCCUGUACGAGGACGCGACCAGCGGCAGGGAGGAGGGAGCCGACUCCCCCGGCAGCAGCGGCAGCCUGGGCGGGUCUUCGGAGCGCCGCGGCGGGCACACGUACAGCAGUCGGCGGGCUUCCUCCCCGACCCCCUCCGCCUCUCACUCCUCCGCCUCGUCCCACUCGUCCUCCUCCUCUUCCUCGGAGGACGAAGAGUUCGAGGACGACUUGCUCGACAUCAACCCGAGCCCCAGCUUUGACAGCAUGUCGCUGGGGAGCUUCGGCUCCUCGGUGCUGGACAGGGACUUGGAUUUGAACUUUGAGUCCGGCUCCGGGGGCUCCCACUUCGAGUUCCCCGACUACUGCACGCCCGAAGUCAGCGAGAUGAUCUCCGGGGACUGGCUGGAGUCCACCAUCUCCAACCUGGUGUUCACGUACUGAGUGAGCGAAAGGCAGAGAGACGGAAAGAGAGGCAGACAGGUAGACAGGCCUACUUUUCUUUGGAUGCGUGGACUCGGUUCACCCACAGAAGCGGAGGGAGUGCAAACGAGAGGCAGGGGAGGAAAAAAAGGAGAGACUGGCUGAGUUUCCUGACAGCGAAACGCUCAGUUCCGAGCUGUUUUUGAACUGAACAACUUAACUGUGAUUGAUUUGCACGUUACGCGGUCCGCCGUUCACUUAAUCAAUGUUGUCGCCGAUUAAAAAAAAAGAAAAGAAAAAGAAAAGGGACAUUUCACAACUUUUUACCAACCGCCAAGUGAACUUCACCACUAAAAAGGUACAGAAACAGGACUGUCGCGCGACAUUUUUAUUGUGGUGUGUCACCGAGAGGGAUUUUUAAUGAAACCGAGGUGGGUUGAUGUUUUUUAAAAGUCGACUAUUUUCUCAAAAGCAAAAAACAUGUUAAGCAUGAUAGCCUACUUUGUUCCUAUCUUGUGCUGAGAUUUUCUGUGAGACUGUCGAGCAGUUUUAAAAACUAGUAUUAGGGUUAUUUAAAUGGAUAGGUGGCGCUCGCUUUCGGUUCUUCUCUUUAUGGAAAAAAAGGACAUUGAAAUAAUCACCAGCUGUUGUAAUUUUUCAAACUUCAGGAUUCAAACGCAACUUCAAAUCUGUGCUGAACUUUAUACACGUGUUCUCUUCUAUUCAGGACCAAAAUUCUUUAAUUUCAGAUGAUAGCUAUAGAGAAAUCCUCACCGAUUUGUUUUGUUUUGUUUUCAUCCUCUGAGCUUUGUUUUGUACAUGUAUUCAGAUGCCAUUUUAUAUGGGAUGUUGUAUUUAUAUACUGGGCCAAGCAUUUUUGACUUGAUCUUUUUUUUUUUGUUUUAUUUCUUGUACACAUGAUCUAGUCCUGUUUUUUUCUUACACGGUUGUUUGUCAGUAUGUCUGUGUCUGUCACAUUUCCUUCUCAGGCGAAGGGCUAGAGUUUUAAAAACACGCAACUUUUGAUUUCGUUUUAUAUUUAAAUGUACACACUUUUUGGACACUUAAAAGAGAGGAAACAGUUUGAUUAUUUUCUCAGUGUAUUUUUGUACAAAUCUAUAUAGAAAAUGGGGGAGUCAACAAUCGGUGUGUGUAGCCUACUAAUACAGCUGUAUUGGAUUUCCUAAUUUUUAGUACCCGACAGGCUGGUUUUUAUGCUGCCUUCAAGUGCUCAUGGUAAGCUCGUACUUAUGUUUUUUAUACCGCCUGUUCAGAUGCUUUUGUAAGGACAGCCAGCAAAACAGACCUUAUAUCACUGUGGUGCCUAUUCUUUAACUUUAGAAAUCAAAGGCACCAAGCUACUUUAUACUUAUGUAACGGAGCAGAGGAGAGAUUAUGACUCAAGUGUGUAAUUGGAGUUUGGAUUCUCUAAUUUGGCAAACCUUCUUUGACUUUUACCAGCAAAUACUGACAAGACUUCUUUGAUGUCCAAUCCCCGAAGAUCUCGUUUUGUCCGGACAGGCAUGAGAUGCCUAACCACCCAGUUGUAAGGAUGCAAUUGCGAUUUUUCCGACAGCACUUGAAAGCAGCACCAGUCUUUGUAUCAGCCUACCUUCUACGUUUACAGUGCCAGUCUGCAGGCUCCUUAAAGACACAGGAAUGCAUUAUUUCUGGAGGCUAUUCCUGUGGACCAUGUGGGUUUAACAGCUUCAUUAUCUUAAGCAGCCACUUGCUUUUUGCAUUUCCCGUCAGCCUAUGACAACACAUGAGGAGAUUGUAGCUUUAAAUUUGACUUAUUUCUUGAUGUUUUCAUUAAUUGAUGUCAAAUUUGCCAAUCAACCACUGGAUUGAACAGGCUAUCAAUACAGCAAGCAAACAACAAGGAUGAUAACAUCAAGCAUAUUCAAAUUUCUGACUUGAGUUCCGCAACACCUACACUUACUGCGUUUCUCAUUGUAUUUGAAUAUAUAAUCUUUUCUACUUGUCGGCUAACUAUUAGCUAAUAAUUGUUUUAGUAUCUUUAUGGCAUGGUGAAUAGCAUUUGUAUUUCAGAUUCAGGUUAUUAGCUGUUGUGUUUUUUCAGAAAAAAUGAAAAAAUGAGGAAAAACGAAACGUGAACUCGAUCUUUGUAUAUUUGACUGUAUCAUAAAGCAAAAAGAUUGUGUGUUUAUGUACGUUGUUGCUAUCGAGGACAGGCACUGUCUAGAACUGCUAUCUUUUACACAUCCUUACUUACAUUUAAGGUGGUCAGUUCAGGACUCUUUUUUUUAAUAUAUAUAUAUGAAAGCAUUUUUAAAUAUAUUGACUUUAUUUUUCAUCCAUCCUGUGCAAUAUGCUGUGUAGAAUUAUCAUUUAUUGUCUCUAAUCAUGCCAUAAACAAAGGAACCACCCUUUUUUUGAGACUCGGAGAAAGGGAGGGGAGAAACUCAUGCCAGCUAAAUUGUGUCCAUUCACUGCCUGUCAGAUUGUUGAUAUAAACUUGUGUACAGAACUUUUUCAAGGAAGGAAAUAAAUAUCAGCUGGAACUGAAA